UCCUCCUCCCCCCCCCCAUGUCUGCCCAGAGCGGGGCCUGCGGUCCCCUCGGCUGCUCUGCGCCCCUCCCGUGGUUUCCGUGCACCCCGAGAACGGCGGCAGCCCCGAAAGCGAAGCGGCACCGCGAGUUGCCGACAGCCGCCCGUGCAGAGCGCGGUGCUCCCGGGGCCGGACGUGGCCGUGCAGCCGAGCUGCCCCCAUCGGAGCGGCUUUCUGGGGAUGCAGAUACCGCUUCCGCACGAUAAACCUCCGCGAACAAACGCAACGAACGUCCCGCUCCCUUCCAGUCGCCCCUUCUGCGAGAUGGCAGCGCUGAGCGUCAAACCGGGGCAGCGGUUCACCGUGCCCGACUGGGACACCAACGCCCGCCUCAUCUCCGCCGACGCUGAGAGCCAACGCUCCGCGUCGCAUCAGAUCCGGCAGGAAGCCAGAGCCCUGCGCAGCGAAACCAACAACCAGGCGAAAUGGGAUGAACACGACAACCAAACCCGCCUGGCUGAACGAAUCAGCAGUGUGAACAGAUGGAAGGAGACCCUGGACAAAUGCCUCGCAGACAUAGAUGAGGAAAUCAAUGCUUUGGCCAAGGUGAAGGAAGCAGCAGAACGCGCCCUGCAGGCCAAGAAUUUGUCCCUGGAUGUGGCCACAGAGUGCCUGACGCUCCGAGAGAGCCGCCGCGCCAUCGAUGUGGUGAGGGACCCUGCGGAGGAGGAGCUGCACAAAGAGGUGAAGGUGAUCGACAGAACCAAGAGGGAGCUGCAGCAGAGAGUGCACGAAGCCUUCGAACGGCUCUGCCUCCUGCAGGAAGCCCGCCAGCAGCUCAGCUUCGACCACCGCGGCAAGAUGGAGGCGCUGGAAAUAGACCGCACGUGUUUAUCCCUCAGCGUGAACUCUCCCAACAUCUCCUUCAAGGUCAACCCAACUCGGAUCCCAAACGGAUCAACUGCGGUUGGUGAGUGGGAACAGAAUAGCCAAUACAACAAAGAUCAUGCUGAGGAGGAAAUGAAAGCCUCAACUAAGCUCCGAGAAGCAAUAGUGCUUUCCAUUGCCCAGACAAACAACGAGCUGGAGGCUCAGCGUGUGGCCACAGAGUUUGCCCUGCGCAAGAGGAUCAGAGACAUGGAGAGAGCCUACGAUGAGCUGAAAUGGCAGGAGCAAAAUACCUUGGAGGAAAUUGCUGAGAUGGAAGAGGACAUCCGACGCCUGGAGGAGGAUCUUCGAAGGAAAAUGCAGGACCUGAAAGUGGCACACAGCCGCCUGGAGACGCGCAGCUACCGGCCCAACGUGGAGCUCUGCCGGGAUCAGGUGCAGUACGGGCUCACAGAUGAGGUCCACCAGCUGGAAGGGUCGAUCCGUGCUCUGAAGCUGAAGCUCGCAGAGGCGCAGGAUGCCCUGGAUGCUCUGUACCGACAGCUGCACCGCGUGCAGACCGACAUGGCCUACAAAGCCCACUCCCUGGUGCUGGACCACAAGUGCAUGGACGGCCGCAGGAAGCUCGUGGUGCCCGCUGAGAAGUUUGUACCUCAGGUGGAUUCCUUCAACCGCACCACGAACCGCGUGCCAUCCCCACCCAGAGCCGGGCAGCUGGAGCUGGGAUAAGGCAGGGUGAGCACCUGGGUGCUCCAGGAUUGGCCUGACUGCCCUGGUUUGUUGUAUAACCGUCUGUUCCGUGUGCUCCAAGGAGCGUUCAAUAAUAAAGAGUGU